AAGGUCGUGAGUCUUCCUCGAUGAAAGGUGAUUGAAGGAGGAGUCAGCAGUCUCGCACCUUCUAGCUGGAAGCGCCAAGGCAGCGGGCGGCUGCGGAGUUUUAGCACUUGGGCUGAGCUGAACCCCUCGCCACCAACACCCACUUAACAACGCCGAAGACCGGUCAACCACUCUCCACUCUCCACUCUCCACUCUCCACCUCAGACUCGCAAGUCACCGGAUUCGCACCAGCAGCGCGCCUCGUCCAGUCUUAUGUCCACAGACAUCCAAAACCUCAAGUCCUUCGAUCCGUUCGCGGAAGCCGAAGACGCAGGUGCAGAGGUCAAGGUUGGCAACCAGCAGAACUACAUUCAUAUUCGAAUCCAGCAGCGCAAUGGCCGCAAGACCCUGACCACGGUCCAAGGCCUGCCCAAGAAGUUUGACCAGAAGAAGAUUCUCAAGGUGAUCAAGAAGCAAUUCGCCUGCAAUGGCACUGUCGUCGCCGACACCGAGAUGGGAGAGGUGAUCCAGCUCCAGGGCGACCAGCGCAAGGACGUCCAGGAUUUUUUGACAAACAAGAAGGAUGGACUAGGUCUUGAUGUCAAGAGCAUCAAGGUCCACGGCUUCUAAGCUGAAAGAUGCAACAAGCCGCUGCCCCCGCCGAUUGCGACCAAUACGAUCGGUGACGAUUCGAGUACGAUCACAUGCCAGUUUGCAGCGUGUGACUCAACAUUGACAAGGCUGAGAACGCGGCACAAUAUUGCAGAUUCCCGGGGUCUGGACGAGUACGGCUAUUUCCUAUCGUCGUUCCUUUG